AUGUUUCAAAUUCGUAACUAUGCCACAAAAUAUGCACAGUCUCGGGCGCUGAGGAAGUACCCAGUAGGUGGCGUUUUUCACGGAUAUGAAGUGAAACGAUUACUUCCUGUCCCUGAACUAAAGCUAACAGCCGUGGAUUUAUUGCAUAACCAAACCGGUUCACAACAUUUACAUAUUGAUAGAGAUGAUAACAACAACGUGUUCAGUAUCGGAUUCAAAACCAAUCCCCCGGAUUCAACUGGUGUGCCACAUAUUUUGGAACACACAACUCUUUGCGGUUCUCAUAAGUAUCCUGUUCGCGAUCCGUUCUUCAAGAUGUUAAACAGAUCGUUGGCAAACUUCAUGAACGCUAUGACUGGUCAUGACUAUACUUUUUACCCGUUUGCUACCACUAAUGAGACGGAUUUUGCUAAUCUAAGAGACGUUUACCUUGAUGCAACUCUAAAUCCAUUGUUGAAUCAGCAAGAUUUCCUACAAGAAGGUUGGAGGCUUGAACACACUAAGGUUGAUGAUCCAAACAGCGAUAUAGGUUUCAAAGGUGUUGUAUACAAUGAAAUGAAGGGUCAAGUAUCCAAUGCUAACUAUUAUUUCUGGAUUAAGUUUCAAGAAAGCUAUUAUCCAUCCUUGAAUAACUCUGGUGGUGACCCAACUAAAAUGACUGAUCUUCAAUAUGAAGAUUUAAUCAGUUUCCACAGAAAUAAUUACCAUCCUUCUAAUGCUAAGACGUUUACAUACGGGAACUUCGAUUUGAACAAUACCUUACAGAGGUUGAAUAAAGAAUAUCAAGGUUAUGGUAGAAGGGGUUCUAAGAAGAGGGAACUAUUACCAAUCCAAAUGAAAGAAGAUGUUUCUGUAGAAACCGAAGGACAGGUUGAUCCUAUGUUACCACCGGAUAAACAGAUCAAGACCUCUGUGACUUGGAUUUGUGGUAAACCUGAAGACACGUACCAAACAUUUCUAUUGAAGAUCUUGGGUAAUUUAUUAUUAGACGGACAUUCCUCUCCUUUCUAUCAAAAACUAAUUGAAAGUGGGCUGGCGUACGACUUUUCAGUUAACACUGGUGUAGAGUCGCAGACUGCUGCAAACUUUAUCACUAUUGGUGUUCAAGGAUGUGAUGAAGUGGAUUCGAUAUAUGAAGUUAUUAACAAAGUAUGGGAAGAAGUAUUACAGAAUCCGUUUGAGGAGUCUAGGAUCCAAGCAAUCAUUCAACAAUUAGAGUUAUCUAAGAAAGACCAAAGGGCAGAUUUCGGUUUACAAUUACUGUACUCGGUUUUACCAGGAUGGGUUAACAAGACUGAUCCAUUUGAUUCUUUAUUGUUCGAUGAGACACUAGAAAGAUUCCAAGAAGAUUGGGCCACUAAGGGUGAUAAUUUAUUCAAAGACUUAAUCAAAGAAUUCGUGAUUUCAAAACCUGUAUUCAAAUUCACCAUGAAGGGCUCAGAAACGUUCUCUCAGAAACUUGAUGCUGAGGAACAAGAACGUUUGGAGAGAAAGUUAAAGCUCCUUGACGAAGAAGACAAAAAGGUCAUUUUCGAACGUGGUAAACAAUUGCAAGAACUACAGGACCUCAAAGAGGAUUUGAGUUGCCUUCCUUCAUUGCAAAUUAGUGCAAUUCCAAGAGUUUCAAAGACAUACCCAUUGUUAGAGAAGGAUAAUGUUUUAAAUCGUAUUACCGAUACCAAUGGUAUUACAUACGUCAGAGGUAAGCGUUUACUAAACCACCAUAUUCCAAGAGAACUUUAUCCUUUCCUACCAUUAUACGCAGACUCAUUGACGAACCUUGGUACUUCAACUGAAGAGUUUUCCACCAUUGAAGAACAAAUCAAAUUGCACACUGGCGGUGUCUCAACUCGCGUAUCUGUAAAUCCAGAUGCACAGACUGGUAAGCCUAUGCUGCUAUUCCAAGUUGAUGGAUGGGCUUUGAACAGCAAAACCGAUCACAUCUUCAAGUUUUGGAAGAAACUUUUAUGUGAAACUGAUUUCCAUAAGCACAAAGAAAAGCUAAAGGUCUUAAUAAGAUCAUUAGCAUCUUCAAACACAGCGUCUGUGGCUGAGACUGGUCAUGCUUUUGCCCGGAACUUCGGUGCUGCUCAUUUAAGUGUAACUAAAGCCAUCAACGAAAGUUUAAACGGUAUCGAACAGUUACAGUUAAUCAAUAAGUUAUCUCAAUGUUUGGAUGAUGAAGCACUAUUUGAGAAAGAAGUGGUUUCAAAAUUGGUUGAGCUUCAAUCAUAUAUAAAUGGCAGUUCAGACAUGAAAUUCAUGAUCACCAGUGAUUCUCAAGUUCAAAUCGAUGCAGUUCACCAACAAAUCACGGGCUUUUUGAGCUCCUUACCCAAGGAUUCAAAACCAUGUGACUUCUACUCUGAGAAUUACUCAAUGUUGGAAAACCCAGGUAAACCAACCCUACUCCAGUUCCCAUUUCAGGUUCAUUACACCGCCAAGUGUUACCCAGGCGUUUCCUAUACCCAUCCUGAUGGCGCUAAGCUACAAAUCCUUUCUAACAUGUUGACACACAAAUAUUUGCACCGUGAAAUUCGUGAAAAAGGUGGCGCAUAUGGUGGUGGUGCUACUUACAGCGCUUUGGAUGGUACUUUCAGUUUCUAUUCUUACAGGGAUCCUCACGCUUUAAAUUCUUUGUCCACAUUCGAUAGCGUUCCAGAAUUCAUAUUGAACAAGUCUUCGUGGGGUGAACCAGACUUGAAUGAAGCGAAAUUGAGUGUCUUCCAACAAGUAGACUCCCCAAUGAGCGCCAAAAACGAAGGUACCAUUUUAUUCCAUUACGACGUAACAGACGAAAUGAAACAACGUCGUAGAGAGCAACUUUUAGACGUCAACUUGAAUGAUAUACAUCAAGUGGCAGAGGAAUACCUCAAGCAAGAUAAAUCCAUUGCCUCCAUAGUUGGUCCGGAAAUCCCAAAUUUUGAUGCCUUAGUUCAAACCGUGUAA